AUGGCUGACUCAACCAGUUCGGAGCAGCGUGGCGAGGAUGUGAGUGGAAGAUUAAUAUUCGCUCCGGAGGAUGCUGUUAGUCUGAGUUUGGAAUAUCUGCCGCCUGGGACAGAUCCAUUGAAUAUUUUGUGCAAUCAAACUGAUAUCGAUCAAGUACAAAAUGUAACUUCCCUAAGUACACGGCGAUAUCUUCAAUGUCCAGCUCUCGUAACAAUCGCUCAUCUCAAGAAGUUCCUUGCAUUGAAGUACAGUGUGGAUAUGACUCACAACACAAUUGAAAUAUGUCAUAGAAGAGCACCAUUACCUGAAAACUGGACGCUUAUGGAUGUAGCAUACAUUUAUGCUUGGAAGAGGAAUGCGCCAAUGAGAUUCUUUUAUCGGGUUGCUCAAGAAGAACAACGUCUUGAAGCUCCUCCAUAUGAUAGGCCAUCAACCCCUGGACCUGGCGCGAGUUUGCCACCCACAGAAGUAUCCAUACUAUCUGAAGAUGUUAACAACUUAUCUAAUAUUUCAUCUAAUGUAGAUUUGACGAAAUCUGAUUUAAAAAUACGGAAACUCAGUACGAAUGAUAGCAAUAUUUCUAGUGAAGAAAGAAAUAUUUCUAGUAUAAACCAUGUAUUUCAGAAUGUAAUUGGUAGUGACCUCGAAGAAUCGUCAGUAUUGAAUGAUAAUCACAAUUUAUCAGAUAAGAUAGAUGAACUUGAAAAAUCAGCAUCUGGUGAGGUUGAUAAUCUAAAAAGUGAUAUGAUUAGCCAAAUAAAAGAUAUCAGCUCAGGUGGAAGUGUUCAUAUUCAUAAAUUGAAGUACAAGGAAACUACUAAAACAGAUGUUUGUGAAAGGACUGGUACAAAUGAUCUCAGGAAUGAAGCUGUAUUAAGUAAUAAAACCAAUAAUGAUGCACUCAUUUCCUCUGCUAAUAUCACCACUGGAUUAUCUUGUAAAAAUGUGCAAGAGGAUGGAAUGGAAAUAAAAUGUUCGGUUAAAAGUCCCAUAAAGAUAUUAAAAAAUUCCGAUGGUGGCUAUGAAGUUCUACGGGGCCCUUCAGUGGUUACAAAUAUUGAUGAUCAAGCAAACAAUCCAAACUUGAAAACAGCUGUCACUCUUGGAAACGGGAAGAAUUUUAAUGGAGUAAAAAUAAAUUCGAAACAAUAUUCAUCUGGACCAAACAGAUCGAAAAAACCCAAGGUCAUAAGUAAUAUCCUAUUGCGCUGUGGACAAGUAGAUAGGGAUUCUACUUCUGGUAUCCUUCAACAACUCCAAAAGGAUAAAAUUAAUAAAGGAAAAGAUACGAAAGUUGGGACAAUUGAAAUUUUGGAGAAAGCGGAAGAGGUGGAAAAAUCGAAGAAAAUCGAAAAACCAGAAAAUGAAAAUCGCCGAAAGGUUACCUUCGUGGACACACUGACGUUAUUCAAAACGGAUGGGGAAAUAAAAUCGGUUUUGAAGAAGUCUCCAGAUCAUCCUGAUAAGAAACAGUUUCUUCAAAGUUUUCAACUGACUGUGAAAAACUGUAAAAGUGAAGCAGGUUUGCCAGCUUCUAAUACUGACACUUCUAAACCUGCUGGUAAAUCAAUAUUUGCGAAUAACUCUCCAAAGCUGGAUUACUCUGAUGACAAGAAUAUUAAUAAGGAUGAAACUGCUAAAAGUGAUAUGAAACUCCCGUCAAGUCCAAUCAGAGUAGCUGUAGGAGUACUAGAUGAUGGAAAUAUACCUAAAGGAGCGGUUAAGAGGAAAUGUCCUCCAGGUUUACCAAUUUUCGAUAUCAAACGACGACGUCGAGCUCAAGGAUCAUCACCGCGAAAGACACCUCUUAUCGCGUUAAUAAAAUCAAGCCAGAAAGCACCAGAUGUAGUGAGUUCCACUAAUAUCUGUGGACGAGUUGAAUCCGGACCAAUGACCGGAGUUGUUACCGAAAAAUUUACACCCAUGCUCUCAAAUGACACUAGAAACCUUCUUGAUGGAUGUGGACUUAAUAUACCAGCAAGCUUAAGUAUUACGCUGACUGCGCCUAAAUCACCUGGUGGUUCCAUCGUUCCAGAACAGUCUGGUCCCAAUGAUUCGCAUACAAUUCAUGGAAAAGUCAAUCCAAGUAUCACUUUGAAUGACCGAUCAGUUGAUCCUUUGGUUCUAAAAGCUCUUAAGUCGGGACAAAUUAGAAUGCCAACAUCAACGAGGCCCAAAGUGAAGCCUGGUGAGCCGAAAUCUAUCACCAAAAAACGGGAUCAUGAUGUGAGAGACGUUUUGGACUUAAGCGGAAAAAAAGGAGAGGUUACUGGAAAGAAAACUGGUAUACAUCCACUUCGUAUACCACAACCUGUGUCAAAGCAAAAAGGAAAACCCAUUUGUAGAGAAGCAGGACAGUUUGUGACUUUAACAGGAGGUCAAAGAUUUUAUAGAACACCUCCAGGUUCUCUCACUCCUGCAGCCCAUCGAGUAGAUGUACCCAUUCCUUCACGAAUGCCGGUAUAUGCACCAUCUUGUCUCACGAGUCCGCGCUCCAAUAAUUUAUCUUCGGUCUUCCCUAGCCUUCAGAGUCUCUAUGCGCUCAGUCAGGCUCCAAAUCUUCAGCAAUUUCAAAUAGACUCCAGAAUGCAGAAUUUAAAAAAUGAGGGAUUUCCUAGUCCAAGUAAAAGCCAUCUUGCUGCGCAGUGUCCUCCUGUUAAACCAGCCAGGUCUUCCAUCGCUCCAUUAGCGGUUCCGAUAAUCAAACAAACUAAUGAGUCUCCAUCUAGACAUAGACUUAUGAGCAGUACCAAGUCUCUACUUAAUACAGGUACCACUACCGAAGAUGUCAGUACUUUGGAAAUAAAGAUAACAACGUGCGCAAAUAAAGAUAAUCAGUGUCUAUCCAGUCCAACGAUAAUUGGAACAGUAAGUUCCGAUCAUAUUAUCCAAGACGCUGCCAGUCCAAGAGUUUCUUCUACAGCCUCUCCAUCGCCUCCACUAAAUGCAAAUAGCUCAGCUAAUUCGGAAACAGUGUUUGAUGAAGAGGAGAAAUCUUCAAAUAUUGUUGAAAAAAAUAAUAGUAUGGAGGAAGUAAGUAGCAGUAAAAAUCCAGUUAGCCCAGAUUCUAGUUCCGUUGUGACUGAAAUUCUUCCUCUAUCUUUCUCAGACCAGGAUGUUCUGUCAGAUUCUAUAACUCUGAAGUCUAAGUCCAACAAUGCUUGUACGUCUUAAAUAGUAAAAUAUUGGUUUUUCGUGGGGGUGGAAAGGGGGUGGUAAAUAAUAUAUAGGCCAUAUUUGUGUUAUCUCUAGAAGUUAAUCCUUUGCGGACUGGUAUCGAAAUGUUCCCGACAAAAUAUUUUAUUGUUCUGGACGCGUGGCUCUUGAUAGACAGAAUUUAUAAAAGUAAAUCAAUGCUUAUUGGGAACAUGAACAUACUAUGGACUAUUUACGAGAUACUGGAAACAGUGCGAAUGCGGAUGUUGGUGUGCUAAAACGUUCCGUCUACAAAGGGUUAAGCGACACGUAUCGUUGGAGGUUAAGAAUUUCAUCUAAUAAAACAUAAAAUAGGCCUAAAAAGUUCAUUUACAAAGAUAGGGGUUAUGUUCGUGGCAAUAUACUUAUUCCGAGUUGUAAGAACAUACAAACUUCUACAGGUAAUAAUAACGGAAUGAAUACUUAGUACUUUUAAAAUGCAGUCUAUAAAGGGAAAGUUAUAAUAUAUAGCCCACUUUGUAUUUCCUAUACACUGUUCAUUUUAUAAUUUUAAAAUCAUCUAUACACAUUAGCCUAUCACCUAACUGUACUGAUUAUUUUAUCAAAUCUCGAUUUAUUUUCAUUACGGAGUAAUAAUAUCAGAAGCGAGGAAAGCUUUGCAUUCAUUGUUCUCCAUUGGUUUCUAUUAAUUCAUCAAAGUAUCAGUUUCGUAUCCACCUUCCUAAUAUGUUAGGGAAUCCAGACGACCUUCGAUUAUGUUUAUUGGGUACCUUAACACUUUAUCUACCGGAAGCCUAUUAAUAGACUGCUCGGUUGACAACGAUUAUCGGUACUGGCGACGAAUCCGCGCCGAAUUGAGUCGGUCGUUAGUGAACCGCAACUUCAACCAUUAAUGGUACACAAAGUGUUAAUUUAAAUAAAAAUGUACCAAACAGAGCUACAAUAUUAUUCUCGAAGAUAAGGUUUUGCGAAUUUUAUGUCAACCCAGCUUUGUUGGCAUAUAAGUAAGGUGGCAAUAUGUUGAGAAAUUAAUACAAAACAACAGAGAAUAAUGGCUGUAAAGCUUUCCUCAUUUCUUACGCCAUCACAGAAUAGCAGAAUAGCAGCCUUAAUAUCUUUGCUAUAACUGUUGAAAGAAAAGAUAAUAAUGCAAACAAUUGUAUUAUUUUAAUAAAAUGUCUUUUGGUUUUUUGUAUAAAAAAUUAUUUUUUCUGAAUAUGAUUAAAAAGAAUGAUAAGUCAGAGAGUAUCUUAUAAAAUUCUCAAAUCCACAAUGUGAGUGUUAGUUACUUUAUUCAAAGAAUCUUGGAUUUGAUUAACAUUCUAAUCAGUAUUUUCACUCGGCAAUAAGCAAAUUUCACUGUUUCGAAAUUGUGUACUGUUCUCACUUAUCGUUUAACCACUAUUCUCUUUGUAUCAUGUUCGACUAAUUAUAAUGAAAAGUAAAGUUACCGAUGUGUCGUUAGCUCAACUGUCAAAUUUUUACCGUAGCGCAUUCAUACGCGUAAGAAAACUACUAUCGGAUAAGAAAGGUAAAAUGGAGAAUAGUGAUUAAACGAGAAGUAGAAGCAAUGGUAAACCAAUAUACGUAAAUUCGACUGUUUUAAUAAGAAAUAAAUAUUUUUCCAUAACUUUUA